AUGGUUUCUUCAUUUAUAGACAACGCACCAUACCACAGCAGAAAGGCUGAAGCAGUUCCCACAAGUGCAACAAAGAAGGGCGAGAUCCAGCAGUGGCUCUCUUCCAAGAAUCUAGACUGGACUGCCACAAUGAAGAAAAAAGACCUUCUGAGCAUCGUGGCAACGGUGAAGGAUCGCUGCACAAAGCACAAAGUUGACGUCAUGGCUGCGGACGCCGGACACACAGUGUUGAGGCUCCCACCAUACCAUUGCGAACUAAAUCCCAUAGAGUUGAUAUGGGCACGAGUCAAGCAGGAGGUCGCCUCCAAGAACAUCACAUUCAAGCCCAAUGACGCCGAGCGGCUCUUGAGGGAAGCAGUAGACAACGUAACAGCUGUCCAUUGGCAUGACUUUGUAGAGCAUGGGAAAAGAAUGGAGGCGAAGUUUCGAGAAUGUGAUGUCCCAGAGUCGAACCUCGAGCCAGUGAUCAUACCCCUCGAUGCAAGCGACACGGAGGAGGAGAGUGCAGACGACGACGAAGCUUACGACGAGGAUGAGAAUGAAGAGGUCUUUGGUGUUCAGCCUUUAAAAUGGAAUUGA